GUGGGGUUAAAGAUUCAGAAAAGGCGCUCGACAAAAUAGGAGAGUGUUGUGUUUUAAAACAACAUUACCAACUGUUGAUGUAAAUUAAUCUGGGUGAGCGUCAAAAGUAAAUUGUCUUCCCGAGGGGCGAUUGAGCGGCUUUACGAAAGCGAAGGCGUGCUCUGCUCUUCUGCCAGAGAGGAACAGGUGGAAUAUCCUCGUAGGCUACUUCAGAUUGGAAUCACAUCCGCUAGGAGGUUCUGAUAUCAGUGGACCCCUCUGAAUCCUUCCUAAAUUUGGAUCUCCGCUGGAGCUAUAGCUUUUCUCCAAUAGCACUUGGGACAAUUCCUAACGUUCGAAUGCAUUUAUCACUGGAUAGCAUGAACAUGGUGGACGAAGGUUGCCUCUCGCCCAAUAACUUCCAUGAGAUGGUUAAAGGAGGUGGGGCGGCUGUGGGAACCCGAGUCCACAGCAUUGAUGUCAUCCUAGGCUUCAGUAAGGAGCAGGACCCCUUGCUUAACUCCUCUGGACAUGUUGGGCCCCAUAAAGUUGGAGUGGAGGGCCUAGGGGACCCCAGAAAGCAGGACCAAACCCACUCGUAUGGACACCUUUCCAGUCUGAGGGACAAUCCUGAGCAGCCCUCUUUUCAUGAUCCAGAGAUGUACUCGAACAAGUGUGAGGGGGGCAUGAAUGAACUCCACAAGGGUCUCGAUAGCGAGGCCAAAUCCCCGGAGCCCGCUGACGAGGAGCAGCCCAAGAAGAAGCACCGGCGCAACCGCACCACCUUCACCACCUACCAGCUGCACGAGCUGGAGCGUGCCUUCGAGAAGUCACACUACCCCGACGUUUACAGCCGCGAGGAGCUGGCCAUGAAAGUUAACCUCCCUGAAGUCAGAGUGCAGGUGUGGUUCCAGAAUCGCAGAGCCAAGUGGAGACGUCAGGAGAAGAUGGAUGCGAGCAGCAUGAAGCUCCACGACUCUCCAGUGCUGUCCUUCAAUCGGCCACCCAUGCACACCAACAUGGGACAGGUGACCAACUCUCUGCCCCUGGACCCAUGGCUGACAUCCCCACUGACCAGUGCCACGCCGGUGCACAGCAUCCCAGGGUUCAUGGGCCCGUCGCAGGGCCUUCAACCAGGAUAUACGAGCCAUGGCUUUCUAAACACCCCUCAGCCAAUGGGCCAAGCAAUGCAGACAAUGGCCCCGCCACCAUACCAGUGCCCUGCACCUUUCACUGAUAAAUACCCGCUGGAGGAUGUGGAUCAGCGAAGCUCCAGUAUUGCUUCUUUGAGGAUGAAAGCCAAGGAACACAUUCAGUCCAUGGACAAAACAUGGCAACCCAUGUGAUCAGUUGAUAAAUGGUUGUCACCUAACUGUGUCCUUUCACUCUCCAGGGGGCUAUUUGAUAUUGAGCACAUGAUGCGGGCAUCGGGAACAUUUUAUAUUUUUGUCCUGCUUCCUUUCUUGGCAUUGAAACAGUGACAGUGGGUUGAUAAUACGGUCCCUCAUGGUUAUGGCUGGCGUGCAGGCUGGAGUAUGGAGCAUGAUACUGAAAUGUGUCAAGUUUCUUGAGUGCCAUUGAACACCUGCAUAUUUGUCAAACAAAUGAACCUGAGCAAAAGAAGGACUACGGCUGAAAUGGAGCAAUGGGAUUGUAAAAACUGGAGUGUUUAUGACAAAUCUUGUGAAACAAACAUUUUCAAGACUUGAUUUUUUUUUUUAUUUGUGUGCUGAUUUGUUUUUAAAUCAGCAGUAGUUUGUACUUUUUGACCAACCUUAUUGGUUUGGUUGUGUUUCUCAUCUCAUGGUUUAUCCCAAAGACCUCACUCUUUGAAAGAGGAUUGUAUGAGGUCACUGUUGUCUUCCCUGUCAAAGAACAGCAUGCUUAUAUGCAUUCAUCUGGUCUAAAGUUUAUAUGCAUCAUGGUUCCAUUGCUCAAGGUGUGAUCCGCUCUACCACAGGAAUUUGAUAACAUAAAUAUUUUUAUACCAGGCUUUAUAAGAAAAAAUAUAUAAAUCUAUUCUACAGAUGUACACAUUUUUUUUAUCACACAUUUAUCUUCCAAAUUGAAACGCUGUAACUGCACAAAAAUGUAUGCAACUUUAAAGUUAGAGUACAUUAUGCAAAGCACACAUAGGCUACAGCUAAGGAAAUGAAUGAACUCUUUUUCCUUAAGGUAUGACAUAGCUACCCAUGUAUCAUUUACAUGUUGGAUUGUCAUGUAUAAUACUUCUUGAUAGAGUUUUUAGAUUUGGGAUUUAGUGGAGAGCAGUCUCUUUUGCAGAUCUGAGCAUACCUUUUAAAAUGCAAGGUUAAAUGUCUCAGAUUUGUGCUGUCAUAGAGAAACAGAAUUAGGGUCUAUAAUUGCAGGUUUAUGUCACUUUUGUUAUAACAAUGCCUAACAUGUAUAUCAACCUCCUGGAUGUUGGUAUGCUUCUCAAUAAUGAAGGGAUGAGUUGCAUACAAUAUGAAUAAUGCUCAAUCCCCUUCAGGGAAUAGCAUAGUAUUGACCCUGGUAUUUUGGUUGGAUUUGAUGACUUAAUAUUACAAGUCCAAUAAACUUUUACGAACGGCUAUGACGGAACUGUUGGCAGUCGCCCCAAAAGUUACUUUGACACUGAAGAAUUGGUAUAAUGUGAAUCUGUCAAGGGGUUUGGAGAUGUAGGUGGAAAAUAGGUUUCGACACAAAGCAUCUCAUUUUAUACCAAUCCUGACCAACUAGCUGGUGCAUCCGAGUCACAAGCAGUUUUAAAUAGUAGGGCACUGAAGCAGCAGAGGUCAACCAUAGAAGCCUCUUUGCUUCAGUGGUCAUUAGAGGAGAAAGCCUGUUGGCAGCUCAACCCUUCCAUCUCGGUCUGUACGUGCAGAGGAGCAGAAGGGGACCUGACUGAUGUGUCACCCCACUAGGCUUCGCCAUUGUUCGGCUCAAUUGAUCCAAGCCCAUCUCCUUUGUUUAAAGUUCCUAAGGAAAAACGGUCAUGGGCCACACUACAAGGUCUCUACACCAGCACUCAGAUAUGGAAUAAUGAAAAAAAAGAAGAAAAAAACGACAUUGUCUCUAAAAGACAUUUUAAAAUAAGGUCUGGGGUGUAUGGGCUCUUUUGCUGAACUCCACUGACGUGUAAUUCCGCUACUGUUCACCACAUUAGUCAUGUGAAAGUAAUUAUGCACACUGACCCUGAUAAAAGUGAUCUGUUUUAAUUGAAUUCCCCAUUGUUCUCCUCAGCUUUGUUAAGUAGCAUCACAUUCUGAAAGGUGCCCUGAAGAUGAGUGUACUGUAUUUUCAUAGCGGGGAAAAGGGAGGGUAAAAGCCCUUCCACACAGAAGUGCAAUUGGACUAUUUUUUUAAAGGAAACUUGAAUAGUCUGUGCUGACAGGCAAUAGCAAACACAAUGUUCACAGUCAAUUCCAUUUUUUUCUUCUUCUCCUGCUGGUCCUUUUUUUUUAAAAAUAAUUUUGGUGGAACACAGGGUAUCAGCCUGUUCAAAAGGUAGUGAAUUUUUUUAAUUGUUUUCAUAUAGGAUGUCCUAUUAAAAGUGUUGUUGUGUUUUUUAAGGAGGAUCUCUAUUUUAUGGAGAGAGAGAUAUAGUUGUUUGAAUACCAAUGAGCUAUCCUGAAUUCCCUACUUUCCCUUUUAGUUUCAUCACCUUGCCUCUAUCUUCCAUGCAAAGAAAAAAACAAACCAACACAAAUCCUGAAAAAAUCAUUCGCUAAGCCAUGCAAAACUUUUAUUCCUGCCUUUGAUGACAUAAUUCUUUUUUGGACUGAAUGUAAGCCAAAGUUGAAAGCUGUCUUACCCUCUGGAGGUAAAUGCACAGGUGAUCAACCUGUGGUCAUCUUUAAACAUACCAUAGUAUAGAUUAUGUAAUAUUCUGUAAUGUCAUUUGAUACAUUGUUGACAUCUUCAUGUCCAUGUUCUGCACAACUAUGAUUAAAAAUAAACUCUAGUU